AUGAAGCUGCACUGCAUUUUGCUGCCAGCAACUGUAGAGACACUCGGAGACGCCUUCAGAGACUUCGACUCCCGCGUGGAUCUCAGAUCAACAUUUCUGCUGCUGUCGGGGGCGACUUUGGCCGUGGGGGAUUUGAGUGAGGCCUUAGCAGCACACAGCAGCAGAAAGCCAGCAGCAGCAGCAGCAACAGCAGCAGCAGCAGCAGCAAGGCGGGGCGAGCUGGCGCUGACGUGGGUGUUGAAAGUGUCUCCUCCCUGCAGCAGACAAAGGGGACUCCAAGAUGAUGCUGCUGCUGUUUUGGAUUCUGAGAAGCAGCAGCUUUUGGCUCUUGCUUCUCUUUCCAACAAAAGGGCCUUUACUGUCAACGAAGACCUCAUCAUGCGCUGCAGCGGCGCGGGGCUGCGCGUGCGCUACGACUUGAGCUUCCCGGAGUUGUACAUUUGCGAGCCAACAGUGUUGCGGCUUUUUGCAAAAAGUUUUGAUUUCCAAAACUUGCAAAAAGAUCUCAUUCCCCAUUUGCUGCGCCAGGAGCUGCAGCUCGACGCCGUCUACUGCCACGUCAUCGAGGCGGGGCAGUCCGCCAAGAGCCCCAACUACCUCUUCACAGCCCGAGACCCUCGGGGCUAUUAUUGCAUGCGAAAAGAUGUUUUAGAAAGAUGGGCAUUUCCGGUGGCUCCCGACGCGCAUGCGCUGGAGCAGCAGCAGCACCUCAGCUACCGCGGCAAGGGCGUUUACCAGGUCU